AUGGCAGAUGCAACUACUGACGUCUCUAAACAAGAGCAAAUGUCUCUAUGUAUCCGUUACAUUGAUCCCGAUUUGACAUCCCCUUUAAUUCGAGAAGAUUUUUUAAGGUUUACUUUAAUUGGCCAGGGUUAUGACGGCGCGGCUUCUAUGAGUGGUCAUUUGAAUGGUGCUCAAGCUGUAAUACGUACAAAAUAUCCAAAGGCAUUAUUUGUCCAUUGCAGUGCGCAUUCUCUUAAUCUUGUAAUCAAUGAUGCAUGUAAGAUAACUGUUGUCAGAAAUACUGUGGGUAGUGUAUUGUCAGUUUGUAAUUUUUUUCGAGGAUCAGCUCAACGCACUGAUGUUUUAAAAAAGCAUGUGAUAAAUCAUUUUCCAAGUAGUAGACAUACAGUACUGUUAUCGAUGUGUGAAACGAGAUGGGUCUUAAGACACGAUGCUAUUAAUCACUUUAAAGAAAUGUACAUUCCAAUAAUUCAUGCGUUAGAAGAUCUCCAAAAUUCAAUCAAUACCGAAACUUCCAAUAAAGCUUAUCAACUCCUUUCAGUGAUAUUAAAUGGCCAAUUUUUUAUUACAUUAAGCAUAAAAGAAAAAGUAUUUGCUUAUACGUUACUAUUAUGUUAUCACUUACAGACUGUGAAUUCCGAUUUAACUGCUGCAUGUGAUCAUGUUCAAAAUAUAAUUGAUGCUCUUAGUAAUCUUCGUGAAAAUAGUGAUUCCAGUUUUAAAUCAAUAUAUGAUACAUGUAAUCAAAUACUUAUUGAUGUAGGUAGCGAAGUGACAAUUCCUCGCUGCGUAAAAAAACAAAUAAACCGGGAUAAUACUCCCUCACAAUCACCUGAAGAGUACUACAGACGCACAAUAUUUAAUUCAUUUUUAGACCACACUAUUGUUCAUAUAGCAGACCGUUUUAUAAAACAUAAAGAAAUAAUAACGAACUUAGAAAAAAAUUCUACAGUAUUUAAUGAAGAGUUCUCCACAUGGAAAUUAAAAUGGCUAAAAAAUAACAUAGAAAAAAAACCUUCAAAUGCAGUAGAGUCAUAA